AUGUCUUCUCUAUUAGAUGAGUGCAGGGAACAUUUAUUGGAAGUCGACGCAGAUGGCAAACCCAAAUUCCAGAUAAGAAAUCUCACCAGAGUUUCCGACGAUGGGGUUUCAAUCCUCAAAGGCAUCAACCUUCACAUUCCAAAGGGUGUCAUCGUUGGGGUCAUAGGCCCCAGCGGCAGCGGCAAGUCAACGCUCUUGAGAGCCUUAAACCGCCUCUGGGAACCAUCCUCCGCCUCCGUCUUCCUCGACGGCCAAGACAUCAUCGAUCUCGACGUUCUCUCUCUUCGCCGGAAAGUUGGCAUGCUCUUUCAGCUCCCUGCCCUCUUUCUAGGCACAGUUGCUGACAAUGUGAGGUAUGGACCACAGCUUAGAGGAAAAAAGCUAACCGAUGAUGAGGUGCUCAAGUUGCUGACAAUGGCAGACUUAGAUGCUUCUUUCAUGGAUAAGUCCGGGGCUGAACUAUCUGUGGGUCAAGCUCAAAGGGUUGCACUUGCUAGGACUUUGGCUAAUUCACCAGAGGUUUUGUUGUUGGAUGAGCCUACUAGUGCUUUAGAUCCUAUAUCGACAGAAAACAUAGAGGAUGCCCUGGUGAAGCUGAACAAGAAUCGGGGCAUGACAGUGGUCAUGGUCUCUCAUAGCAUCAAACAAAUCCAAAGAAUCGCUGACAUAGUGUGCCUGCUUGUUGAUGGUGAAAUUGUUGAAGUUCUGAAGCCUGAUAAACUCGCUGAGGCCAAGCAUCCCACAGCGCGAAGGUUUCUUGAACUCAGUUCUUAA